GCCCUAGAACAUUAAAAUUGAAAGAGCUAAUUAGAGAAACCCAAAAAAGGAGCGAAGAUAGAGUUUAAUUUUGAAAACCUAUAUCAAUAUAUACCACAAGGUUUCAUAAAUUAUAUAAUAAGCUGAUUAAGAGAUAAACAUGUGGUUAAUUUGCAUCAUGCUUCUUAAUUUUAAGCACUGGUCAAACAGAAAAAUGAAACAUGUCCUCUAGAUUUUCCUUGUUUGGUAUCCUAAGAGCUAUAUAGAAUUUGGUGUAUAAUGAAAAAGAUGAACACCAAGAACAAAAGGGUGAAUAACAAAUUCUGAGUUUUAAUUAAUAUUCUAUCCAUUCUUUUUCAAUAUAUACUUAAUGAUUAGUCACAUUAAAAGGCCGAGAAAAUGUGUUGUGAGCUAUAAUAUAUCCCUAAUCUUUUAUCAACCUCGAAAACCUUAAAAUGAUAAAAUUCAUAUGCAAAGUUUCAUCGACAUAUUUUAGCAAAAAAAAAAAAAAUUCAUUGACAUAUGUGAAACUCUUAAGAAAUCUCUAUAUCAUCUUUAACCACAAACACAUAUCAUCACACCAUGAUAAUUCAUCGAUAUAUGCACACACAUGAAUAUGCAUAUAUAUAUAUAUAUAAUAAGUAUGAAAUCUUUCAUAGAAGAGAGAAAGAGAGAGAGAGAGAAUUGACGACGAGCUUGGAAGAGAUGGCGGUGAUGGGGAAACUGAGGAUGUUCGUGGCGCAGGAGCCUGUUGUCGCCGCCUCUUGCUUGAUCGGCGGUGUUGGACUCUUUCUGCCUGCUGUUGUGAGGCCUAUUCUUGAUUCACUCGAGGCUUCCAAACAAGUUAAAGCCCCUCCACUUACCCAUGUUAUUGCUGGUGUCACAGGGCAGAAACAGAGCUAAUCCCAUGCAAUGAUUUUUUUUCCCUGUUUUCUUACAUUCAGAUUCCCUUUUUUUUGUCUUCUAACUCUUUUACAUUCACAAAUGAAAUAAGCCAGACCUCUCUUUUUUUUUUUUUAACAUAAAGGCAUGUGUGUUAAGUACACUCUGUUCAUCAUUUUUAUCAAAUGUAUCCACUUCUUAAUGACAAA